CUUAUAGGCAAAGGGACAACAGUGGCUAGCUUUGCCUAUGGUUGGAGCGUGAACUAUGUGGAAUGGAAGAGCAUUCCCACUAAUCCACCAAGUCACGAAGGGAGUAAAUCUCAUUAAGCCAGACUCCACCAUAGCGAUGAAUAUGUGUAGAGAGAGGUGGAGUUGUCUCUGUGGAAGGGGGACACCAACUGCAUCCAUGGCCUCCAAUACGAUGAGGCUUAUGCAUGUCAUCAAUCUCAAGGACAUACAAAUCCAUCCCUCAACAAAAAGUGAGGAAGUUGGGGCUGCUCAAAAGAAGAGGAUGGUGGAAGAGCAUCAAGAGGAAAGAAGGGACAAGAUAGUGGAGUUCAUACCUUGCCCUUCUCCAGUUGAGCUCGACCCAGAACCUAGAGAGAGUGUAAUAAUUGCAAAAAGGUCUAUAAAUGCAAGUUUCCCUGAAGUGGAUUAUUGUCGAGAAAGAGAGGAGGUACUAAGCCAUGGUGGAGUUGGGAUUGUUUGGCAUGUCCUUGAGGAGCGUAACACCUUAGAGAAGGAGAAGGAGAAGAAGGAGUUGGGGAAGAAAAAGGAAGAGGUGGAGAAGGAUUUGGUGAAGGUGAUGCCGAAGCUUAAAGAGUUUCCAGAGGAAAAUGAUUCAUUGAAGACGAAGCUUGUGUUUGAAGAAAAAAAGAAGAAAAUGUGCGAAGAUAAGGCUGCUGCUGAGCUGGGGAAGAGUGUGAAUUUGUGGGUGCACAAUGCAAUGAAGGAUCACAUUGUUGAAAAAACGGUGAAAGCUCAACAUCCCGAAGUGGAUGUAAUAGGUAUCACCUUCGAAGAGCAAAGAGGAGUGGAGGAGAAUGGUGAAAGUAGGACGGUUGACUUUUGUCUCGAGAUCAAGCUGAAAUGGGAUCACAACAAUGAAGGUCGUACUGUUUUCCCUCCAAACUUCAACUUUGAGUUCAUUGUAGUUGAGGAAGAAGAACCAGAGGUGGCCAGGGGUGCUAAGGUUAGGGAGAACGAACCAGAGCAAAAAGUGAACUAGCCACCUCCACUAGUAAAGUAGCCAUCCUUAUUUUGAUGAUAUCUUUGUUUUGUUUUGAUAUUUGAAUAAUUUGAUUGAAGCAUUUUUGUAAUUUUAUAAAUUUAUUUGAUUGAU